AUGUCGUUUGUCGCAUCCAAAGCGUAUGAUUGUGGUAUAAACGUGAACUUUUCCGAUGCUAAUUCCGAACAUUUUGCUCAAUUGUUCAGAUGGCGUUUUCCAGCGUUGACUGGCAUACUGACGUUAGCGUAUUUCUUACACAAUAUUAUUCUGACGAUUCUGCGCAAUCAAAAGUAUCCUGAGAACAACGUGCGUGAUCUAACGGUGGGCUAUUCGUUAGCCGCCUUCUCAUUCAUUUUCAUUGGAUCGCUUUUUUACCUGCUAUUCCCAACGCACAGAUCGUGCAUAUCAGAUAAUCUUCUCAAUAAUUUCGGUACUGGCGAUGUGAUGAGCGCAACAGCGCGUUUGUUUUUAUUCUUUCAGAUGACUACCGUAUUACCGUUAUUCGCGUAUCUUGUACGAGUACAAUUCUUUUACGCUGUUCUCGGCAAUAUCUAUCCCGGGUUCUUCUAUGUUCUAGCACUCAACCUCGUACUGAUUACUAUGUCCACAUGCACUGCGAUUUUCUAUCCGCAUAUCGGAAGUAUUAUCAGAUUCGUUGGUUCGUUUUCGGGUCUUAUCUAUAUAUUCACGCUUCCAUGUGCAAUACAUUUGAAACGUCUCCAGUUGCGUGGCACAUUAACACGGCUGGAUUGCGUUGUACAUGGAACAAUUGUUGCGUUGGGUGCUGCAAAUUUUCUCGUCCAAUUCUUCCUUUGA